AUGGAUGCACACCUGGAGCGAUCCCUGUCGAAGGUGCCGGGCUUGCUGGAUCCGGCGGCCGCCCCUUGCGAUGUGCUGUCCGUGUCAGUGGCCUUGCAGCGCGUCAUCGAUGAGGAGCCGUCGAUGCUCUUCCGACAUCACUCGUCCCCGGCUGAGCUGGCAACCCUGCAGGAGUGGGCAAAGGCCGAUGCACGCACUUCAGCUGUUGCAGCGCAGGCGUGGCUGGUGUUUUUCUUCGUGGUGCUGGACGCCUCGAAGAGCCGGGCGCCUACUGCCUGA